GGAGAGAGAGAAAGAGAGAGGGACAGGCAGGCACUGAGCCAAGAGAGAGAGUGCAGGGGAAAGUUGAGAGCGAGCCAGAGGGGCAGGCUUGCAGGCAAAGGGAAGAAGAAACUGGGGCUCUGCUAUCCAGGAAGAAGAGAAAGGACCGUCCGAACCAGCAGCCAACAGCCACCAGGGUUACUGCAGCAGCAUUCCUCCUGUCCAUUCUCUACCUUGUUCUCUCUUCGCUCUCUUCUCUCACUCUCUCCCCCCUCCUCUUUCUCUCUCUCUUUUUCUCUUCUCCCUGUCCUUUCUCUUCCCCCCCCUCUCUCUGACUGGGACUGCAUCGUGCCUUUCUCUGCAGAGGAAUCGCUGGCUGGUGGAAUCUCCUUGACUGCACCCUGACUGGCUGUGCGCAGUGAUUCUCCCCUGGCUCAGCUCCUCUGCUCUGCCGUGUGUUCUGACUCAGCUGUGCUGUGUAGUCAGGCUGCUGGUCCGGCUUCUCAGGGAAUACAGCCACAGGAAGAGUCUUCAUGACAGGAGUGUCGGGGUUGGCAGGCAGACACACCGCUACCAGGACUGGAUAACAACACAGUGGGACGUGGUGCCUCGGUUGUGACCAGAUCAGUUGCCCAGGCACAACAAACAACCAGACCAGGGGGAUUCAGGUUUACACAGGCCUGACCAGUUUCUGAGGGGGUAACUCCAGCCCAACGGACCCUGGGCUGGAUCCCACAGCAGGAGGUGUUUUGGACGGGAUCGGAGUGCCAUGGAGGUUCAGGGGAGUGGGCCUGAGGAGCCCAGGUCCAAGUAUCUGUUGUCCUCACACACCACCUGGCCCCGGACCAGCCUGAUCAUCACUUUGCUGCUCAGUGUGUGGUCUGCUCAGGGCCUGGAGAUGUCCACAGGGAAGGUCCCGUUCCUGGAGGCGUUGAACGGCAGUACUGUGAUUCUACCCUGCACCUACGCCAGCUGUAUCGGUAUCAAAAACCUCUACUUCAACUGGCAGUACAACGACAAUGGCACUAUGCAGAAGGUGUGUGAGUCUGUGAUUCCGUUAGACGGGAUGGAUCCCCAUCCAGUGAGUAUCUUCCGGGAGCGGGUGGAUUUUAUCGGCACCGGUGAUCACAACAACAUCUCCAUCCUGCUUUGGAACAUCACCUUUGAGGACGAGGGCCAGUACACCUGCUUCGGACGCAACCCCAAAGAGAAGGGCAAGAACCACAGCGCUAUCUUUACCCUUGUCGUGGUGGACGAGUUACGAGUGGUGGACAACACUCUCACCAUCAUAAUUGCUUCUGCAGUGGGCGGAGCCAUCGCCCUGCUGAUGACUUUCAUGCUGGUGAAGAACUUCAUCCUCUUCGUUCUCUUCAAAAUCGAGGAGAAGAAAAAGAUCGAGUGCCUUGUACAAUCUUCUUCAGCAGAUGAAACAAACAAUGUCUCAGGAUCCAAAACUUCGAAACCAACGACACCAAAGAAGAAAUGAGAGUACUUGCAUGUAUGUACAACCAUAUAUAAAUAUACAGUUAUAUCUAUGCAUAUAUUUAUAUGCACAAACAUGUGUAUGCACUCGUGACUCCAUGGGCAGGUUUCUUGGGCAGGUUUUUUGGACUGAGAAGCACGUCUGAUGGAGAUUCUUCAUUGAAAGUGUUUGUUAGUCCAAUAAGCUUAGGCUGUGUCUGGGAAACCACCCCCAUAUGUUCAAGUUGGUAUAUUGUUUAAAAAAAAUCUUAAACCUAGGACCGUUUUUCAUAUGAUAAUAAAAAACAAAAAAAGAGAUGAAUUGAAUAUACGCUUGAGACAGGGAAUAACGCGAUGUAAUAAUGUUGUUUAAACUGUGCUGGAUCCUCCUCUCUUCACCAACCGUACUACUCUGGGCUUAACUGAAACAGUCUACAAUUUAAAACAUUGUGUUUUGUAGAAACACACAGUCUAAUUCAAUCUCCAGUGACAUUUUGCCACGUCAGAUUCAGCUUAUUCAGUAAUGCUCUGAUUCACAUAGAGUUGGGUUUAGUGUUGUUUAGAUAGAAUACAAUGAGAUUAACUCUGCCUAUCCAAAAGUGAUUAAUUAAGCUUAUUUUAUAAUAUUUAGAAACUAAGGUCUUUAAAAGGGUGAUGCUGUGGUGAGACGUGAGAAAGGAUCCAGUUCAGAACUUAAUACACUUUCUUUGCUUGAUAUAAAGCACUGGUGCCUGUUAGCGCUUCUAUCUUCCUCUGCUGAUAGGAAGACUAAAUACUGCAAAACCAUUUACCAAACGCAGAAAAACGCAAGUGAAUAAUACUGCAAGCUGAUGAAUGAAAUUAUAGACAAUCCCUUGAAACCAACCCACUAGAAAAAAAUGAACCUCUACUAAUGCUGCUUUUAAGACAAAUAACCUUUUUAAUGCAUUUAUAAGCAUGUGAAACCCCAGGGCAGAUUUAGAGACACAAUGCUUGACAAUAGACAUGUACUCUCUCUUAUGUUCCUUUCCGGGAUCCAAGAUUUAACCACAAAUAAUGUGGUAAGUUCUGUCUGCUUUGAACCUGGAUCUAAAUCUCCUAAUAUCAUGCCAACCCCUGCUACAUCCAGUGUGCCAAGGCUAUGCACACUAUUUGGUAAAGUGGGUCUUCUGGCAUGAACAUUACCCCCACCCCCCCACCCCCAACAGAAAUAUCCGCCACAUUUCUUAUAGUAAGUCAUUUACAAAUGGAUCUCUCUUUGCUGUACAGAGCACAUUCACACACAUUCAUGUUUUUACACACUGCAAUAAGUACCCAGCAGAAUUUAUGAUGGUUCAUUCAUGGCUCAUGAUUCAACACAAAUUCACCAUCUGCAAAAAAACAGAUAUCGAUCAGCUAGUCAUUACGGAAACCUCCACUAACUACACCAUAAAGAGAUGCAUGGAGCAGCAUUUAGGUUGCAGGUAGCGUGAAAGACUGGAACCGAUCUUUACUGGACAGUGUAGAAUAGACACACAACUAAUAUCUCAUAUUCAGCCCAUUUAUUUUGCCAAUAACCCUGAGAAACCCACGUCUGAUCAGGAAUGGACUGGGAUAACCCUGACAAACCCACGUCUGAUCAGGAAUGGACUGGGAGAAACCCAUAUCUGAUCAGGAAUGGAAUGUCAUUGACUAGCAAUGGAAACCCAUUACUAGUGAACUACAAUGUCAAGAUACAAUAGUUGUUUUGAAGAUACUUCCAGUGUGUGACAGAAUUGUGGAAAAAUCAUGUUCAGGGAAGAAGUUCACGUCUAUGUCCAUUGUCCAGGAACUUGCUGAAUAUGUCAUUGUAUAAACGUAACAAAUAUACCUCCCUCAAUCACUUGCUGAACCUGUUUCUAAUGUGGACAACCCCUGGUGUUGCUUUUCCCAUAGCAUAGCCCUUCAAAUAAAUGCACUGGCUUGUAAGCAAUAGCAGGAGGAUAUUUUGGGCACUUUACCGUAGAUAUGUAUAUUCUUCGGCUGUGCUAGACAUGUGUGUAAACAGAGAUGUGUUGUAUCGGUGGAGCAGUGAGUAAAUGAACCUAAAUGUAUAUUUAACAUGAGGGUAAAGUUGAAUGAAUGAUCUUUGCUGUCUUAGAUGAGAACAGACCGACACCAUGGUUUGGCCAUCGACAGUAGUACAUGUACUAUCUCUGGUUGGACAUGGCUUUGAGCUUGUGGCACUGAAUCCCUGGCUGAUUCAUACUCUCCUAAGAUAACAGUGAUACUAUGCAAACACAAACACCACUACGGAGAGGAAGACAUCCACGCACUGUAGGACAGGCUGCUGCAGUUCCCUCAAUGGGAUUUGCUUUCGCAAAGCUGCCCUGACAUCACAUCAACAUAACUAUACUGUAGCUACUGCAGGAUUCCAAUAAACCAUUUUGAGUUCCUUUUACUGUGAUAAUGUAAGCAAUAAAAAUGACAAGUGCAACAGUAAUCAAAGUGGCAUAUGGGAUAUGGAGUUGAUCCUGGGUAGAUGAGGAACAUAGGCUUAUAGUGCAAGGGUAUUCAGUCCUUGAGGUCUGCAGCACUGCUAGUUUUCAUUGUUUUUAAACGGAGACUGUCUGGUUCAAACCUGUGAAAUCACCUGUAUAGAGAUUCUGGCCAAUUAAGUACAAAGGAGAAGUACAUAGUGCAGACCUUGCUGCUCAGAUUUGUAUACUUAUUUAGCCUGUAAUGCACUGAUGUAUAAGCUUUCCCUUCUCACUCUGGGAAGCUAGCCUCUUUUUUUCUGUUACUACAGUAUGUGGCCCUUUUUGUCAGUUUGGAAGGCACAUAGUUGUGUCUUCUCUCAUGUCAAGUUUACGUCUGUUGUGAUGUGUGAAAAGACCUUCAAAGGUUCCUGAAUGUUAGAACCUAUGGAGCUAUGCAAUAUACAGUGUAAUUUCAAGGAGCAACAUGUAAGAUGUAAGCCAUAAAUCCAAUUGCAUCAUGUUUUUUUUAAAGGCAACUGCUUACAAAUGCUUACAAAUGACAGUACAGCUUACCGUAUCACAAUCUGAAAAAGAUUGUUACAAGGACGAAGAAGUUUUGUACUGCUAAUGUUCUUGCUAUUGUUGUCAACCUCACAAACGAGAACCAAUCGUAAUGCAGGAAGUUGUACACAACUAAUUUGCAGCGUCACGCAGCUUUCUAAAAAGUAGAUUUUAUUCUUGUGAUUUCUAUUCCUUUGCUUCUACUGGUAUGUAAUUGACAUUUGGCGCUAGUUGCAGGUGGAAAUGUUACAUGUGUAACCUCUAAACAAAGCCGAACUGUGAAAGUGACUCACGUGUUCUGUUGAAAUGCCCUGACACAGUUCUGGAUGACCUAGUACCGUCUUCCUUGUUCCCUUUAUUUUGACAACUGUACUGAAAACUGGAUAGGUGAAGCAAAAGUUCAAUCUUUGUGGUUUGGAAAUUCUGAGAACACUUUGUUGUGCCAAGUUGUAGUAGCGGAAAUAGUGACCUCAUCCAUUAUUGCACUUAAGACAACAGAAUGUUUGAAUCUAUAAUGUACCCAGACAUUACUGACCCCUUAGUCCCACAUUCCUCUUCCAACUAAUAUGAAUGUACAGCCAUGUUUCUCCUAUUCCCUCAAAUGAUGCCUCCCAUGUAAUCUCUCCAUCAUGCAAAUCUGCUCAAAUAUGAUUUAUUAUAAAAAGCCACAAGAAUCCAAUAAACUUUUGAAUAUAA